UGUUCAGGAUUUGUUUCUAGUGUGAGUUCGAUCUUGUUGUUUUCUUUUCUUGGAUUGAAAUUUCACUUCAGAUUACAGUUUUCUCGCUAUUUGCCAAAAAAAAAAGAAGGCUUGGAUUUUUUUUUUUAUCCCUAUUCGUUGUUCUCCUAGCUUCUUGGUCUUCUUCGGCUCCUCGCUUCUCUUCUUUGUAUCUGUACCUUUGAAGCUAUAAAAGUUUGGUACUUUUGGUGAAAAUAUUCGACGGAGAAGGUAUGCGGAAAAGGGCAUAUUUGUCGCCAUAAAAAUUUACCUAACGUUGACAACCAUUAGUAGCUCGAAGUCCUGAACCUUGUGUACUGUGCUCUUGUGCCGUACAGUCUGCAGGCUUAGUUGGGAAGUCCCAGUUGCUGGUUGUGAUGUGGCUCUUGCUGUCAGUGUUAAUAGGUUGUUUUCACCUUAUGUGGAGGAGCUUAAGUAACUUGCAAGCUCGCUUACUUUUCUUUAGUCAAGAGGAGAGUUGAUUUUGAUUGUGCCCGGGCCAUAUUUUUUCCAUGGUUGUUGGUUUGAACACACCAUGGUUAGGUCAGGCGCGUUAAGCAUCAUAUGGAGUUGACACGCUUUCACACCUUAGAUACUGGAUGCUAGUCUUCUGUGGACAUGGCGAACUUCAGAGGUUUUCGGCGCGCAGUGAUCGUGGUUGUUCUGUGCAUUUGUCAUGUGAAUGUCGUAAGGGGACAGAGCACUGACCCUGCUGAAGUAAAUGCUCUCAGAGCUAUCAAAGGAAGAUUAAUUGAUCCGAUGAAUAAUCUUAAGAAUUGGAAUAGUGGAGAUCCAUGCACAUCAAGUUGGAAAGGAGUCUUCUGUGACAAUAUACCAAUAAAUAAUUAUCUUCAUGUAACAGAAUUGCAGUUAUUUAAGAUGAAUCUUUCUGGGACUUUGGCACCAGAGAUCGGUCUUCUAUCUCAAUUGAAAACAUUGGAUUUCAUGUGGAACAACUUGACUGGUAACAUACCGAAAGAGAUAGGGAAUAUCCACACACUCAGGCUUAUAACUUUGAACGGUAAUCAGCUAUCUGGUUCUUUACCAGAUGAGAUUGGCUAUCUCCAAAACUUGAACAGAUUACAGAUAGACCAAAAUGAAAUAUCAGGACCCAUACCUAAAUCAUUUGCUAAUUUAACAAGCAUGAGACAUCUUCACAUGAACAAUAACUCAUUAAGUGGGCAAAUCCCAUCUGAAUUGUCAAGAUUGCCUGAACUCCUCCAUCUCCUUGUGGACAGUAACAAUUUGUCUGGACCUCUUCCUCCAGAACUAGCAGAGACUCGCAGUUUACAAAUACUUCAGGCUGAUAACAAUAACUUCAGCGGAAGUUCCAUCCCUGCUGCAUACGAAAACAUACCAACACUUCUAAAGCUGAGUCUUAGGAAUUGCAAUUUGCAAGGAGGUAUUCCAGAUAUAAGUGGCAUUCCUCAAUUUGGCUAUUUGGAUCUUAGCUGGAACCAACUGACAGGAUCUAUACCAACUAAUAAACUUGCUUCAAACGUCACUACAAUUGACUUGUCACAUAACUCUCUUAAUGGAACUAUUCCAUCAAGCUUUUCGGGGCUGCCUAAUCUUCAAUUCCUAUCGAUUGAAGGAAAUCACAUAGAUGGUGCUGUUCCAUCGACAAUUUGGAGUAACAUCACUUUUGUGGGAAAUCGAAGCCUUGUUGUGGACUUCCAAAAUAAUUCUCUUGGAAAUAUUCCGGCUGCAUUUGAGCCUCCAGAAGAAGUCACUAUUCUGCUUUAUGGGAACCCUGUAUGCACAAACUCUACUCCAGCUCGAGCUGCUCGUCUUUGCCAACCCACAUCUGUAACUGAAGCUCCAUCUGGACAGGGAUCACAAGUUAGCAUAAACUGUUCUCCUUGCCCAACGGAUAAAAAUUAUGAAUACAAUCCAUCAUCACCCCUACCUUGUUUCUGUGCUGUGCCUCUGGGAGUUGGAUUUCGGUUGAAGAGUCCAGGGAUCUCAGAUUUCCGUCCCUAUAAGGAAGACUUUCAGAAAAACUUAGCCCAUCUGUUGGUCCUGGCUGAUUACCAAAUAUACAUGGAACGGUACAUAUGGGAGGUCGGUCCAAGGCUGAAUAUGCAUUUGAAGUUAUUUCCAAACAAUACAAAUUUAUUCAAUACGUCCGAGGUUGUGCGGCUCAGACAUCUACUUGCUGGAUGGGAGAUUACUCUAUCAAAUGUGUUUGGUCCGUAUGAACUUCUCAACUUCACGCUUGGUUCCUAUGAAGAUGAAUUCCCAACUGUGGCGUCAUCAGGUCUAAAGAGGGGCGCAUUAGCUGGUAUUUUGGCAGGGACAAUCACUGCUUCCAUUGCAGCGUCUGUGUUUACUACAAUAUUUAUAAUGAGAAGACGUUCCAAACGUCGAACUACAUCUAGGCGGUCAUUACUCUCAAGGUAUUCUGUCAAGGUUGAUGGUGUGAGAUGCUUCACAUUUGAUGAAAUGGCUGCAGCGACAAAUGAUUUUACUGAUUCAGCUCAAGUUGGUCAAGGGGGUUAUGGAAAAGUUUAUAAAGGAAAUCUAACUGAUGGAACAGCUGUUGCAAUCAAACGGGCACACGAAGGUUCUCUUCAAGGUUCAAAGGAGUUCUGCACAGAAAUAGAAUUGCUAUCAAGACUACAUCAUCGUAAUUUAGUUUCUCUGGUUGGCUAUUGUGAUGAAGAAGAUGAACAGAUGCUGGUGUAUGAGUUCAUGCCGAAUGGUACUCUGCGUGAUCACCUUUCUGCCAAGUCAAGAAGACCUCUGAACUUUAGCCAGAGGAUACAUAUUGCCCUGGGUGCUGCAAAGGGAAUCCUCUAUCUACACACCGAAGCAGAUCCUCCUAUAUUUCACCGUGAUGUUAAGGCCAGCAACAUCCUCCUGGACUCCAAAUUUGUAGCGAAAGUCGCAGACUUUGGUCUUUCAAGGCUUGCGCCAGUACCGGAUGUCGAUGGAACCAUGCCAGCUCAUAUCUCCACCGUUGUUAAGGGGACCCCAGGCUACCUUGAUCCAGAGUACUUCCUAACUCACAAACUGACAGACAAGAGCGACGUGUACAGCCUCGGCGUCGUGCUUCUAGAGCUAUUGACUGGGAUGAAGCCAAUCCAGCAUGGCAAGAACAUUGUCAGAGAGGUGAACACGGCAUACCAAUCAGGCGAGAUCGCCGGAGUGAUCGACGAGCGGAUAUCCUCCUCCAGCUCGCCGGAGUGCGUGGCGAGGUUGGCCUCGCUGGCCGUCAAGUGCUGCAAGGACGAGACCGACGCGAGGCCGUCCAUGGCCGACGUCGUCAGGGAGCUGGACGCCAUCCGGAGCGCGCUGCCGGAGGGAGAGGAGCUCCUGCCGGAGUACGGCGAUCAGUCGGCCACCUCCACCUCCCUGACGGCGACCGGGCCGCUGUCGUCGUCGUCGACCACGGGGGCCCUCUUCAUCUCCUCCGGCAGCGGCGGCCACGCCAACUCCAAGAGCGGCAUCCCCUCCGGCACGGUGGCUCCCCGGUAGCGUUGCGUGCCGGGCUAACGUAACGUUUUUUUUUCUCCUUUUCGCGUCGUCGGGUGUAAAAUGGAAGGGAAUUUUCUUCCGGUGUAAAUUAGCUGUAUGGUAGUAGCACGUACUCCUGAGUGAGUGAGUGAGUGAGUGGUCUUGCUGCUGUUCCAGGUGAUUUCUUGGUCUUUACAGUGGGUGAUUUGGCCGCUGUUGUAAUUAACCCAUAGAUGAAUCAUGAAUCAUGAAUGCUUGCAACCAACGUUUAGAUCCUGUUUGGCGAGUUUAAAUUUUAAGAAGCGGUUGUUUGGUGGUCAACUUUUUGAGAA